AUGGCCAAAGACGUGUCCACGCAAUCGCAGUCCGUCUCGGAGCUCAAUACUUGCGUUUCCGCUGGCCAUCGGGCUGCUUCCAAGGAGACGACCUUUCGAGAAUGGAUGGUCACAAAUCAGAUCGGGAUUUCCUUGACGAUCCUCGCUACACUUUUGGCGGCUCAUAACCUCUACCCUUCCCUGCGACCGUAUACCGCGCCCUUCUUCCAGUUAUCGUACUACCGGCCGGCCCAAGGGGACUAUGUCCAGGGCUUUGAUGAUGUGUACUUCGUCAUCAGCUCCGCCAUCACAUUCACCGCUAUUCGUGCGAUUAGCAUCGAAUGGGUCUUCCAACCAGCCGCCAGAUUUGGCGGACUGAAGCGGAAGAACUCCAUCCGCGUUGCUGAGCAGGCAUGGAUGUGGGUGUACUAUGCGUUCUUCUGCACUUUUGGCAUGUACAUCUGGGCCAACUCGAACUACUGGAUGGACUUCAAGGCCAUCUGGGCCCAAUGGCCGGCGCGCGGUGUGUCCGGACACCUGAAAUGGUAUCUCCUCGCGCAGCUGUCGUUCUGGUUCCAGCAGAUCCUGGUAAUCAAUAUCGAAGAGCGACGAAAGGAUCAUUACCAGAUGUUGACCCACCAUGUCAUCACAAGCGCCCUCCUGAGCUCCGCCUACAUCUACGGAUUCUACAAUGUGUCGAAUGUCGUGCUGUGCCUGAUGGAUAUCGUGGACCUGUUGCUACCGACCGCCAAGAUCCUCAAGUACCUCAAAUACGAACUGUCCUGCAAUAUCACCUUUGUCCUGUUCAUGGUGACCUGGUUGGUCACACGCCAUAUUUUAUACCCGCGCCUGUGCUGGUCCAUCUAUAAGGACGUACCCGACGCAAUGGCCUACGGCUGCUACUCCGGGACCACAGCCGAGAUGAUCUCUACGAACGGCUACCCAGACCAGUUCCGCUACCUCUUCUACCCGUUCCUCAACAUCGACGGCCCCAUCUGCAUGAACCGCACGAUCAAGUGGAUCUUCCUGGGCUUCCUCCUGGCCCUCCAGCUGCUGUCCAUCAUCUGGUUCGUGAUGGUUGUUCGCGUGGCUGUCGGCGUGCUCCGCACCGGCAACGCCGAGGACACCCGCAGCGACGACGAGGAGGAGAACGAGGUCCGCACUACGGCCAAGGACGCCAUGCCGGCCAGCAACACAGCCAUCACCGACGGGCCAAACGGCGACUGGCGCCGCACCGCGAACGGGCCAACCAACGUGCGGUCCCGAGGCCGGGGACGAGUCCGGCUCGGCGACCAGAGCGAUCGCAAGGCCCUGCUUGGCCGGAUCGGAUGUGACAAGCCGACGUAG